UACACAGUGCGGAGAAAACUGCACUUCCGUGCUGGUUUUCUCUGUCUGUCUGGAGAUUCCAUUUGCUUCGCUGAAUUUCUUCCUUCUUUUGAAUAGCCAAAAGCUCAUGCCCGCUAAACCUCUGUAUUCGCGUCCAAAUCCAUGAGAUGAGACCAAUUCGACUUCCUGAGCCGCCUAGCCCUACCUCCCGGGGUACACCGGACAUCUUCGAAUCUGGAAUCCACAGCGUUAUCAGACGCGCCGUCGUAAUUGGAAACGGUUUUCCCAGUUGCGAGAAUCAGAGCAUCGGAUUAGUUCGCGCUCUUGGCCUAUCUGAUCAACAUGUGUUAUAUCGGGUUACCAGGCCAAAAGGAGGGAUUAACAAUUGGCUUCGCUGGCUUCCUGUCUCUGUCCACAAAAAAAUAAAUUAUCUACUAAAUCUUAUCCAUGGCUACUCUCAACUACUCACGAAAUCGCAAGAAAAGAAUCUAAUGCCUCCUCCUUCAGAAAAUGGCGUUGGCUUAUCAGCUAUUCUAGAAGCAGAUGUAAAGCAUAUAGUAAAUUUGGCUCGUGAAACUUAUGAGAAGGAGGGACCCUUACUGGUGGUUGCAUCUGGAAGAGAUACCAUUUCUGUUGCUAGCUCAAUUAAACGCUUAGCAUCUGACAAUGUUUUUGUUGUUCAGAUACAACAUCCAAGGUCACAUUUGCAUAGGUUUGAUAUGGUGAUUACACCUAAACAUGAUUAUUAUCCCUUGACUCCAGAAGCACAGAUACAGGUCCCUUGGUUUAUUCGAAAGUGGAUUACUCCACGUGAGCCUCCUGAUAGUCGUGUGGUUCUCACAACGGGAGCCCUACAUCAGAUUGAUUUUGCUGCUCUUCGUAAUGCUGCCAUUACAUGGCGGGAUGAUUUUGAACAUGUUCCUAGACCCUUGCUCGUGGUUAACAUUGGAGGACCAACACGAAACUGCCGAUAUGGUGGGGACCUUGCAAAGCAGUUAGCAAGGUCUUUGCUCAGUGUUCUUGUUUCCUGCGGGAGUGUGAGAAUAUCCUUCUCCAGGAGGACUCCGCAAAAGCUGUCAAACAUUAUAGUGAAGGAAUUGGGAAAUAAUCCAAAAGUUUAUAUAUGGGAUGGCAAAGAACCUAACCCCCAUAUGGGGCAUCUAGCUUGGGCUGAUGCAUUUGUUGUCACUGCUGAUUCAGUCAGUAUGAUAAGCGAGGCUUGCAGCACUGGGAAGCCUGUCUAUGUUAUGGGAGCAGAGCGAUGCAGAUGGAAAUUCACUGAAUUCCACAAGUUGUUGAGGGAGAAAGGAGUUGUUCGGCCAUUUACAGGGUCUGAAGAUAUGAAAGAAAGUUGGAGCUACCCACCUCUUAACGAUACCGCUGAUGCUGCUAAAAGGGUUCGUGAAACACUUGCUUCGCGAGGUUGGAAACUGAAGACGACGUAGAGGAUGCAGUUUGAGUGUGCAGUAAUGCCCUUUUUUUUUUUUUUUUCCGGUGGCCCCUUCUAUGGGGUUUGUUCGAUUAUUUUUGGAAUAUGCCAAAGCAUAAAUUUUCUUUGAUAGCACAAAUAGGAUAUACAGAUGGGCGUGCUCUGAUUCUUUCAUCAUAACAAUUUUUAAGUGAUGUACUAUAAAUCAUGCGAUCUUUGCAUUUAUGGAAGAGAAGCUUCCGUGUAUGGCAAUUCAGUGGAUGAGAUGAAUAAAAUUGUUUGUGAGCAAACUA